AUGAUUUGGCACUCCCGUCACUACCUCACCACCACCUCACCAUCACCACCGCCCACCACCACUAUCGUCUCUACCAACACCGCCGUCAUCUCCACCACCACCACUACCAUCUCCAACACCACUGCCAUUUCCACCAUCACAGUCUCCAUCUGCUAUUCUUGUCAUUCACCCUCUUCUUCUUCCUCAGCAUCUUCAACUUCGUGCUCUGGUAAUUUGAUGUCGAUGGUUUGUCCGUCAUUUGCGUACGCCAACAACACGAUGUACUUCAGAUCGGCGUCCAACGUUCAGGUAAUCGUGGAGGAUAACGAGCCUGAGGAGAAGCUGUUGGGACGGUUCUGUAGGGAAGUUAUGAAGGCUGGAGUCAUUCAGGAGUGUAAGUAUUUUGAGAAUGAACAGGAGGAGGAGAAGCGGAAGCAUCGUGAGGCCGCUAAGCGCAAUCGACACAGUUAUUGUUGUAAUUAA